UUUUUAUUUUAGUUAACUAAAUUUCAACAUUAUAAUAUAAGAUUUUAGAAAAAAAAAAGUACUAUGACACUGAAAACUGGCGCAAGUACUCAAAAGUCUUUGUGGGAAAUUGCGUUAGAAGAAAAGCAAAAUAACACAAAGAAUAUCACAAAAGGUAAUGAUGACAAUGAAACAACAGAAUCACAUGUUUUAUUCUGUGGAUCUAAAGAUUCUGGAAAGACAACCAUUAUACAAAAGUUCAUAGAGAAAGAUGAUUCAGUGAAGCCGACUGUUGCAUUGGAUUAUUGUAUCUUCAGACGUGCAAGACAGAACAGCACGACUUCUAAUCGAGAUAUUGUGCAUGUUUGGGAACUGGCUGGUGGUUCUUCUACAGUAAAAAUGAUUGAUAUAAUUAUCAAACCUGAUAAUAUUUUAACGCUUACAUUAGUAAUGGUUUUGGAUUUAUCAAGCCCUGCAGAGAUAUGGCAAGUACAGCAUGUUCUUAUUUCCCAAAUAAAACAGCGAAUCAAAAAUGUCAUUACAGAACUUGCUAAAGUUAAUUCAAACAUUGAAAAGUUGUUGACACAAAAAGCUUUUGAAAGAAUUGGUUUUCAAAACAAGGAUAAUAAAUUAGUGUCUCCGUUGCUUGUGCCUCUUGUGAUUGUUGGAAGCAAAUAUGAACAAUUUCAGCUGAUGACUUCAGAAAAACGUCAAAUGGUCUGCAAAGCACUCAGGUUUAUUGCUUACACUAAUGGAGCUUGUAUUCAGUUUUUCAGCACAAAGACAGAAGGUUUAAAUGGUAAACUAAAAUCAUUUUUGAAUCAACUUAUAUCAAAUGGUUUACAGUCAAUAAGUAAAACACCUUCAUUUGAUAUCAACAGACCUCUUUAUGUGCCAUUUGGUUGUGAUUCAUUAGAGCAAAUAGGUGCACCCCCAGUUUCGCCUGAGCAGCUAGCAAGAUCAACCCAAAGUUCUCCAGUUGAUUUAUGGAAAGAUACAUACAAAGCAUUUUUCCCUACAGAGAAUGAAGACAAACUUAAAAUACUUAAUCCAGCGAUUGAUAAAAACUUUUCAGAUAUUACUAUUGAUAAACUUCGACUGCUUAAAGACCAGGAACUAGAUCGUUACCGUAAAUCCGGCGAACGGAAAGAUAAAGAAGCCCAACUUAACGCUCGCGUGGGAAAAAAAUAAAUUCGAGUUGUAAAUUUUUAUUUGUAAAUAAGCGAAUUAUAGUCUUUCAAUAAAGUCUAAAAA